CCCUAUUACCUGCUCUGCUCGCUUUCGCGAGCGUGGAAUUCUUUGUGCUGGAUAGUCAUAUCAAACAGUUUGUUAAAAUGCCUCAAUGACUUUGCUUCGAAUUUACUACAGGUUUACUGCCGGUUUCUUCCUCGGCUCUUUCCCGCGAAGGUGGAAUUCUUUGUGCUGGAUAAUCGUAUCACACUGUUCGUUAAAAUGCUUCGAUGUCUUUCCUUCGAAUUUACUCCAGGAUCUCCUCAUGACCUAUAAAAACACAUACCAAUUAGAACAAAUUCAAGCCCGGAUGAUCACAUGUGGCCUCUCCAGCAACUACUUCAUUCUAUCUAAGCUUCUGCAAGCUUGUGAUCAUGAAUGUUCCCUGCUCAUUUUCAACCACUUGGAGGAUGCACCAACAUUUAUUUGGAAUACGAUGAUUCAGAAGCUUGUCGAUCAGAGCUGUACAAAACUAGCUCUUACUUUCUACAUGAGAAUGAUGAGGGAGGGGGCGAAACCCAAUAAUUACACGUUUCCUUCUUUACUCAAAGGAUGUACUGACCUCUCAGCAUUUCUGGAAGGAACUCAGUUGCAUUGUCACAUUGUUAAGCUUUGCGAUGAUCAUGACGAGUUCUUGUACAGCUCCCUCAUCCGUAUGUAUUGUAGCUUUGGUGAUGUGGUGUCAGGUCGCAAGGUGUUUGAUCAAAUGCCGCACAAAAAUGUGGUCUGCUGGACCUCUUUGCUUUGUGGGUACGUUGAAAAUGGUAACGUGGAUGCAGGUAGAGAAGUGUUCGAAAAAAUGCCUGGGAGAGAUAUCGUCGUGUUUAGUGCAAUGAUCUCUGGCUAUGUGCACGGGCAGAGAUACAGAGAAGCAUUGGGCGUGUUGCUUGAGAUGCAGGCGGAGUUCAGGAAGCCCAACGAGGGACUCCUUGUAGGAGUCAUUGCUGCUUGUGCUGGUUUGAGAGCCCUGAAAUAUGGAGCGUCGUUCCAUUCCUAUAUGGGCAAGAUGGGCUUCGUGGGGAGCAUAAAUGUAAUGACGGCAUUGGUGGACAUGUACGCUAAAUGUGGAGAGAUACUUGAUGGUAUCAAACUGUUUGAUGAAAUGCACCAGAAAAGCUUACUGUCUUGGAACGUUAUGAUAACGGGGUUGGCUAUGCAUGGAAAGGCCAAGAACGCACUGGGGGUCUACACAAAGAUGCUAAAGCUUGGGAUCAGGCCAGAUGGAGUUACCUUGUUGGGACUCUUGGAUGCUUGUAGUCAUGGAGGAUUGGUAGUCGAUGGCAUUAGCUUGUUUGAGGGAAUGACUUGUGCUUACUUCAUUGAGCCCCAGCUGGAGCAUUUUGGUUGCAUGGUUGAUCUUCUUUCCCGUGCUGGGCUUCUGCAGGAGGCCAACAAGCUUGUUGAAGAAAUGCCAAUGAAGCCAGAUGCUGGAAUAUGGGGCGCAUUGCUUGCUGGUUGUAGGAUUCAUGGUGAUAUUGACGCUGUCGAGCGCAUAGCCGAGAGAGCAGUGGAGUCUCAACCUGAUCAUGCUGGACGUUACAUGCUCUUGUCAAAUGUCUACACAUGGACAAACAGGUGGAGUGAUGCAGUUCAAGUAAGGGAAUUGAUGGCUAUAAGAGGGGUGAAAGUGAGGCCUGGUUGUAGUUCCAUAGAGGUGCAAGGGUCUAGCCUUGAAGAAAACAUGGUUGAUGACCUGGUUGACGUGAGAAAAACUAGUAAAGAUAUUAACCAUCUUAAUGGAAGCAGGAAAUUUUCUUACAGCAUUUUGGUUAUUUUUUGUUUGAAGGAACAUUUGGGAACAAUCUCUAGAUGUUGUUUGAUCUUCUUGGAUGACAGAGACGCUACUCUUAGGAGUCAUUUGGCAGAAGGGAUACUUUCUAAGUAUCCCAUGAAUUUGCCUCAAAUAUUGUGGCAGGUUUAUGGAAUAAUAGUUCUAGUAUUCUUUGAGUCCGAAUCUUUGGGGUAG